AUGAAUGCAAUCUCAAGUUAUUAUGAAGAGGGUUAUGGAAAUGUAAAAUAUUCAAUUGUGGCAACAUUAGAUAUUGUUGAGGAUUGUGGGGAAAGUGAAAUUGUAUCAGGGGAAACCAGUAAUUUAACCUUAAUUGUGGAACAAACAGCAAGGAAAUCAAACAAAAACAACCAAAUAAAAUGGGUUAAACUGUCAAUUUGUCAACAGGUGGAUUUUGUGGCAUGUAGAAAAGAUACUCCAAACACAUGGGACAAAAGAUCGGUGACAAGGGCUAUACAGAACUAUAAUAAUUCAAAUAUAAAUUGUCAAAUAUUGUCAGAAUCAGAACAACAAAUACAAUUUCAAAUUCCAAAAAAUUUACCACCAACCUCGGCAAAAGAAAACGAUUUAAUAAAUUUUAGUUACUUUUUCAGAAUUGAAAUAGAACAAAAUCUUGAUAUUAUUUUACCUAUUGUCAUUGGCUCAUUUCGAACAAUUCUGUAA